GCACCAAACACACUUGACAAAAACUUCUGUAUAACUGCCACUCAGAGACUAAACUACUUUCUGAUGGCACCUCAGUCGGACCUUUAUAAGAUUGGCUUGGAAGGCUUUGAUCUUGUGGAGGGAAUGUUUGGGAGAAAGGGAAGGCCUCUUCUUCCCUCACACAGGCCUCCACCUGCUCCACAAGGGCCAACACCACCACCACCACCACAAAGAGAUUGUCAGUAUCGACCUCCACAACCCUAUGUUGCUUAUCACAACGGAGGGUUCGAACAAAUGGAGAGGUAUAAUCUUGCUCCAACAAGGCCUCAAGGAACUAGCUGUUAUCAGUAUCAUCCACAAGAACCCUAUCAUGUUUUGGUUCAUCAACAAUCCCCAGUUUCUGCAACAACGGAGAGGGUUAGUUAUUAUCAGUACUAUAAACCACAAGAGCCUUAUGCUUAUGUUGAAUAUGAAGCACCUGCUUCAGAACCUAAGGAGACGGGUGUUAUGGACUACGAGGCAGCCCAGAACCUUGGAGGAAUUUUAAUUAGCGAGUACCGUAAGAAAAAGCCGAUGGCUUAUUAGUUGUCCUUUGUUAGGUUAUAUACAGACUUAGAAAUGCCACUCUUAUGUUCAUUAUUGUGGUGGACUGUAGAAAUCAUCUGUGUGCCUCCUUAGUUUUCGGCUAGUGCUAGGCUAAGUGUAGCUGAAGUUUGUAAACCUUUGUGUUACAGUAGUACCAUAUCCCAGCUCUCUCUCUCUCUCUCU